GUUUCUGGAAAUGAUGCCAUUAUUUUAAUCUUAAUAAUAACACAUUAUCAACUGAGUUUAAACCUGUUAUUCGGUUUAAAAUUAUGUAUAAUAUCUGCGAAAAUACCUUAUUAUUUACAGUCAACUUGUGUUCUUUGCCAUUCAUAUUUGCAUACAUUGAAUCGUGCAGAAUAUAUGUGAACUAUAGAGCUGAUGGGUGGCAUAACAACGAAACGAUUGACCACAGCACAGUCCUCUUCUGUGGCGUCUAAUUCAUAUUCACGGGAUCAUAAUAGAUAUGCACAGCCAUCGUAUGCUUCCUCCGGCCGGGACUAUGUUUCGGAGCGGUAUUAUGCCCCUCCGCCUCCAAGCUAUGGUGGUCAUACUCAUACCCCUGAGUCGAAGAGGAGACUGGAGAGAAAAUAUUCGAAGAUAGAUGAUAACGACAAUAGCUUGGAGCAGCUUGUUGUACUCUUCUUUUUUCCUAAUGUCACCGAUGACCUGGCCCUUGCUGGCUUGGAGUCUUCUAAUCUUAUUGUUGGUAUCGAUUUCACGACGAGCAACGAGUGGACAGGAUCAACACUCUCUCGAUGUGUGACUAGAAGUGUCGAUACAGAGCGUGGCCGACUAAGCCCACAAGAAACGAAAACAGUCAAAGCGAUUGUUGUUGGGAAAUAA